AUGGCAAUGGCAAACAAUAAAGCACACUGUUUUACAUGCAAAAAAGAAAAAAUAACAUAUCCUUGUAGAGGAUGUUCAAAAGAAUUUUGUUUAAUACAUUUACCAGAACAUCAACAAAUGUUAAAUGAUGAAUUAAAUCAUAUUAUUAAUGAUUAUGACCAAUUUAAACAAAAAAUUAAUGAACAAAAACAAAAUCCACAAAAUCUACAAAAGCAUUCAUUAAUAAAACAAAUUAAUCAAUGGGAAACAAAUUCAAUUGAAAUAAUUCAACAAAAAGCACAAAAUUGUAGAGAAAUCGUCAUUAAAUCUUUACAAAUAAUUAUUUACGAUACUGAAAAGAAAUUUAAUGAUUUAUCUACACAAAUAAAACAAAUUUAUAAAGAAAAUGAAUUUAAUGAAAUUAAUUUAAAUUAUUUAAAAAACCAGUUAGUAGAAAUUACACAAGAAUUAAAUAACCCAUCAGAUAUUUCUAUAGAACAAGAUUCACAAUCAUUUAUCAAUGAAAUUUCAAUUAUUUCAUCAAAAAAACCAAAAUUUAAUAGAUGGAAACAAAAUGCUAUCACUGUGGCUGGUGGACAUCGAGAAGGACAAGAAUUAAAUCAACUCAAGGGCCCUUAUGGGAUCUUUAUUGAUAAGAAGAAAAAUAUUUUCAUUGUUGAUACUUCGAAUCAUCGUAUUGUUGAAUGGAAACAUAAUGCAACAGAAGGACAUAUCAUUGCAGGUGGAAAUAAACAAGGAAAUCGAGUAGAACAAUUGGAUCGACCAACAGAUGUGAUUGUUGAUCAACAAAAUCAUUCGAUCAUCAUCGCUGAUUGUGGGAACAGACGAGUGAUUCAAUGGUUGAAUCAAAAUCAACAAAUUCUUAUUGAAAAUAUUGACUGUUGGGGCUUGGUAAUGGAUAAACAUGGAUUUCUCUAUGUUUCUGAUUGGAGGAAGAAUGAAGUGAGACGAUGGAAAAUAGGAGAAUAUGACAAUGAAGGAAUUGUAGUGGCAGGUGGAAAUGGGCACGGAGAUCAACUCAAUCAACUCAAUUUUCCUACUUUUAUCUUUGUUGAUGAAGAACAAUCUGUUUAUGUCUCAGAUCGAAGCAAUCAUCGUGUGAUGAAAUGGAGAAAAUAUACAAAAGAAGGCAAAAUUGUGGCUGGAGGAAAUGGUCAAGGAAAAAAUCUCAAUCAAUUAUCUGAACCUCAAGGAAUAAUUGUUGAUGAUUUGGAUUAUAUCUAUGUGGCAGAUUUGUGGAAUCAUCGAGUAAUGCGUUGGUAUGAAGGAAAAGAAGAAGGUGAAACUGUAGUUGGUGGAAAUGGAAGGGGAAAUCAACCAAAUCAAUUGAAUCAUCCCCGUGGUUUAUCUUUUGACAAUGAAAGAAAUCUUUGUGUUGCGGAUUUGGCAAAUCAUCGAAUUGGAAAAUUUGAAAUAAUUCAGUGA